GUCCUUUACCCACGUGGGACAGAUUCUGUGAUCACACAGCAAAAUGUCUCAGUAUAAUUUCAAGAAAAUUACCGUCGUUCCGACGGCCAAGGACUUCAUUGAUAUUAUUUUAUCAAAGACUCAGAGAAAGACACCUACAGUAGUUCACAGAGGAUAUAAAAUAUCACGUAUUCGAGGAUUUUACACUCGGAAAGUUAAGUUCUGUCAACAGAGUUACCAUGAUAAACUUACUCAAAUUAUUACAGACUUCCCUAAACUGGAGGAUAUCCAUCCCUUCUAUGCCGACCUGAUGAAUGUACUGUAUGAUAAAGAUCAUUAUAAACUGGCUUUAGGUCAGAUGAAUACAGCUAGACAUCUUAUAGAUAGUGUUGCUAAAGAUUAUGUAAGAUUAUUGAAGUAUGGAGAUAGUUUAUAUAGAUGUAAACAACUCAAACGAGCUGCUCUUGGAAGAAUGUGUACUAUUAUGAGAAGACAGAAACAGAGUUUAGAAUAUUUAGAAGAAGUUAGACAACAUUUAUCUCGAUUACCAUCAAUUGAUCCUAAUAACAGAACUCUACUGAUUACUGGUUUUCCUAAUGUCGGUAAAUCAAGCUUUAUUAAUAAGAUAACCAGAGCUGAUGUAGAAGUACAACCCUACGCUUUCACAACUAAAUCUUUAUAUGUUGGACAUACAGAUUAUAAAUAUCUCAGAUGGCAGGUAAUAGACACACCAGGAUUAUUAGACCACUCUCUAGAAGAAAGAAAUACUAUUGAGAUGCAGGCUAUUACAGCUCUAGCUCAUAUUAGAGCUGCUGUCUUGUUUAUAAUGGAUAUAUCAGAACAGUGUGGUCAUAAUCUAGAACAACAGAUGUCAUUAUUUAAGAAUAUUAAACCAUUAUUUGCUAAUAAACCAUUAAUAGUCGUCCUCAACAAGAUAGAUAUUUUAACAUUGGAUGAACUGGAACCAGAGAAAAAAGCACUAUUUGAUGAGUUUAAAGACAGUGAUAUCCCCUUGUUAAAUAUGAGUACCCUGACAGAAAUGGGAGUUUCAGAAGUCAGAAAUGAGGCGUGUGAUAGACUAUUGUUACAAAGGGUAGAGAGUAAAAUAAGAUCUAAGAAGAUACAGAGUGUAGCUCAUAGAUUAAGAGUUGCUAUGCCUAGUAAAAGAGAUGGCGUGGAUCGGCCAGCGUUUAUACCAGAAUCAGUUCUAGCUAAAAGAAAAGCCAUGGAAGUUGAUGCUCCUAAACGUAAAUUGGAAAAGGAUAUAGAAUUAGAAAUGGGAGAUGACUACAGUUUAGAUUUAAGAAAAACAUGGGAUCUAGCCAAUGAAGAAGAGAAGUAUGAUGUAAUACCAGAAGUAUAUAAAGGACAUAACGUUGCAGAUUUUAUAGAUCCUGACAUAAUGGAGAAAUUAGAAGAGUUAGAAAAAGAAGAAGAGUUAAGAGAGAAAGCUGGUUUCUAUAAUAAUGAGGAGAGUGAAGAAGAUGAAGAGAUGAAAGACCUCAGAAACACAGCCAGAAAGAUUCGAAAAAAGAGAAUAUUGAAAACAAUGGAAUCCAGAGAGAAAAAAGGAAUUAAAACCAAAUUUCCGAGAACUGGAAAGAAAGUUGAUAAAUCUGAUAUUGAAAAUACAAUGGCUGAACUUGGUAUAGAUAUACAGAAUAAGUCUCAGACUCAUUAUGCCACCCAGAAUAAUGAGAGAUCACGUAGUGUGAGUAGAAGAGCAGUAAAAAGAAAACGAGAACAGUCAGAAGCUGGUGAAGGUGGUUCUAGAAGUGCUAGUCGUAAACGUCAGAAAUCGGCUCACAGAACAUUGUCUAUUACUCCUAGAGAUAAAUCAGGGGUCAGGGAUGAAAAGAUGGCAAAGAAAGCCAAGAAAUUGGCCAAGGCUGCAGUUGCCCCAAUGCAUAGACAGGGUAGAUUUGAAACUAACAGAGUUAUUUCUGCUAAACGACCCAAACAUUUGUUUGCUGGUAAACGUAAGAUGAAGGCUGAUAGAAGAUAAAUACCGAAUGAUGAAAUAAGGAAAUGAGUUAUGACUUGGGAUGGGUGAUAAACUGGUAUCGCAAUAUAUAAACAGUAGUGUCCCAACAAAGGUGGUGCUUAAUUUAUAUAGAAAUGGACAAAAUCAAAUUAACAGUACUUGCAAAAAAAUUGAACACUGAUAGAAUAUGGUUGUUUUUGUUAUCCAUUCAAGUGAAGUACCACAGGAUAUAAAGCAUUAAGAUUCUGACAUGAUUAUAUUGAAAUUAAUAAUCUUUCUUUAUUCUUUGUUUUAUCUAAAUAAUAGAAAAAAAAUAUUGAUAUAAAAUUAAGUUAAGAAAUAAUGUUCUGUGAAUACUGAAAAUUUGAAACCUUAACAUAAAUGACAUAAAGAAUGGAAAUUUUAAUACGCUUGAUUCUGAUACUGUGGGUAUGGCAUAUAUUUUAAUGCUAGUUUGGGCUGGAUAUCGACUUUUUUUUUUAGUCCUUUUUCUUGGUAUUGCCCACAAUCAAUCAUUUAAAAUUAAUCAGUUUUUUUCUUGUUUUUGUUAAUUAUAUACUUGGUUUUAAAACAAUUGUCCUUGAUAUAUACUUUUACAAUAUUUAUUACUCUCUUAUUCUCGAAGUUUAUAUCCAGGAUAAUGCCACUGAAGGAUUAUAUAUACACACAGUCUCUUCAACGGAGUCUAAUUUCUCAAUGUCAUGUAGAUACAAAUUGUAAGUGUGAAAAAUAUCACAAGAAAAAAGAUAUAUUAUAAAGGGUUGGGGAACAAGGCAAGGUUUUAAUGAAAUCUGUAAAGUGAAAUGUCUUUCUCUCGGUCAAUCAAUAAAAUGAAUUGAAGUCAAAAUAUUGUAGUUAUUUUAUGUCAUCUGGGCCCUGGUUACGAACUUUCUUCCUGAACGCAUUUCGGACGCAAACCUGACUCC